CACCAGCAGCAGACGCAGUGCUGGCACCUCCGGCACAGCCCGCGGAGACUGACGACGACGGAGAACCACCUGCACCAGCGCCGGCACCACCUGCAGUUGCCGAAGUCCAGGAUGAGCCUCCUGACCCUGACGAACCAGUGGCACAGCCACUACAGGAGGUACCUCUCGAGCCCAACGCUGGUUGGCAUCGCGACGGCUAUCUACUUCAACCAACGAGUCCAGGUGGACUUUUUCCAAUGGGAUGAAUGCUACAUCCUUGUCGCAGAUGAGUUCGGCAAGUACAAGAUGGCAGAUUUUCCCAAGGACCGCGCGGCAGGAUAA